AUGUCAACAUCCGACACCUCCAAUCUUGUUCAUGGAGUGAUACCAAAUCUUGCGUUCCUUCUUGAACACAAUGAUAAUGUUGCCUCUGCCUAUCUCUGCACAGCCAAUGCGACACAAAUAUCCAAAACCUCAGAAGAAGGGGCACAUUUCUGCGGUUAUCGCAACAUUCAGAUGCUACUCGCUGCACAAGAUCAUAAAUCGAAUGGUACCAAUGCGGAGACCCCCACUAUCUCAGAUCUCCAAGCUAGGAUUGAGGAGGCCUGGAAAGCUGGAUACAAUUCUCACGGUAUGACACAGACUGGAGGCAUUCGUGGCACCAGGAAACAUAUCGGGACAUCAGAGGUCGAGGCCCUACUUCUGAGCAUGAGAAUUCCCUGUACAGGCAGCGCUUUCCAAGGUAAGAACGCAUGGCAGCAAUUGCUGGACUACGUGCAUGCGUACUUUUGCAAUCCCUACACCUCGUCGGGAGCAACGACUGAAUCACAGCGUGUCUAUCUGACGCAAAAGCUGCCAAUCUUUCUUCAACGACCCGGUCAUUCGCUUACUAUCGUCGGCUCGAUCAAACUCAGAUCAGGGAAACGCAAACUCUUGACGUUUGAUCCUGCGUGGCAGCCUCCCUCACCGAUGAGGAUGCCAUUGAAUCUAAAUCAACAUCGAGCCUGGAAAUUGAAGUGGUUGCUGAAGCAAUACACCAAGAGCGAGCGUUACUUCCAACGAUACUCUGCAUUCGAGACUCUGAUCAUCGAGCACCGGAUUGGAGAUCAAAGCUAUACUCCAUGA